GAGCGGCGAAGAGGGAGCAAAACAGCGGAUUUUAUUUUUGUGCGGAAAACAAAAAAAAAGUUAUUUACUCCGGAAGUCGCGAGUGUUGCGUGAAGAUUUGCAGCAAAGUGUGAUCCUGGAUGUGUCCAGAGGAAGAUGGUGUACGAGGACUUUAUUGAAGUACGCGAAAUACGCGACAUAAUGGGAUUUCUCCGGAGUAUCGACUGGUACGACCCGUUCUUGAUGGCCUUAGUCUCAUUCCACAUUCUCAUCACGCUGGCCACGCUUCUCACGCGCAAUCACGGCAACUUUCAGGUGGUCCUCUUCUUCCUCCUCAUUGUUCUGGUCUUCUCCUCACAGAGUAUCAAUGAAUUCGCCGCCCACAACUGGAGUACCUUCUCGCGGCAGCAGUACUUCGACAGCAACGGGAUGUUCAUAUCCCUCGUCUUUUCCGUGCCAAUCCUCCUCAACCUCAUGCUUAUGGUGGGAAGUUGGUUGUAUCAAUCAACUCAGCUCAUGGCAAAGCUCAAGACGGCCCAGUUGAGACAACAACUGCGGCAAAGUCGACAGAAUAGUGAGCAAUCGCUGAAAAGCGACUGAUUCUGAGGACAUUUUUGCAUCUCUCCGCGGGUUUGUCUUCUCUGCACGCCAUUGCCCCCCAAAAAUCCCCGCAGAUAAACCCAUCCCGCGUGGAUAAAUUUUCAUUGUGAUUGAGUGAACAGAUGUUUUAAUUUUCGAAUCACCAACUCUAUUUUUUUGUAAAUAAAAUAUUUUUUUAAGGAAGCGACAGAAUAAAAGACCAAAAAACAAGUGAGGAAUUCCA